AGACUCUUAUUUCUACAGUCUAUGGUUCGGGGCUGUGAUUUUGAUAGGGUUGGCUCAAUUUACCAGUAGGGGAUGGACUCAAAACACCUCGUGAACCUACCUUAGAGUUUCAGAGCCCGACACUGAAUACAAUAAAUGACCUGAAAUUAAUUUGAAACAACACUGGAAAUCAGCGCAAUUACUAUACAUCUUUAAUUAUUUGACAACUUUUAUUUCUUGCGGGUAAAAAGCGGGUACUUCCGGGGUGGAUGGCACGUCCCAAUCCUCAUCAGCGGCUGAUUAAAGGCUGUGGGGGCAGGGAUCAAACGCGCCGCAUCUCCCAGUGUGGCUCUCUCCGUUGGGGCAGCCCGUACAGAGCUGAGGGGAAACUAGCUUAGCUGAGACAAAAAGAGCAAAAAUGGCCGGUGGGAGCUCUCUGGAAGCUGUGAAGAAGAAAAUUAAGUCGUUACAGGAGCAGGCCGAUGUGGCAGAGGACCGGGCAGCGCUCCUACAGCGGGAACUGAACCAGGAGAGGAGUGCGAGGGAAUCAGCUGAGGGAGAUGUAGCUUCCCUGAACAGACGUAUCCAGCUGGUUGAGGAGGAGUUGGACCGUGCACAGGAGCGUCUGGCCACAGCGCUGACCAAGCUGGAGGAGGCUGAGAAGGCUGCAGAUGAGAGCGAGAGAGGCAUGAAGGUUAUUGAGAACAGAGCAAUGAAGGACGAGGAGAAGAUGGAGCUGCAGGAGAUCCAGCUGAAGGAGGCCAAACACAUUGCAGAGGAGGCUGACCGCAAAUAUGAGGAGGUGGCCCGUAAGCUCGUGAUCAUUGAGAGCGACUUGGAACGUACAGAGGAGCGCGCCGAGCUGUCUGAGGGCAAAUGCUCUGAGCUUGAGGAGGAGCUGAAAACGGUGCAGAACAACCUGAAGUCUCUGGAGGCCCAGGCAGAGAAGUACUCACAGAAGGAGGACAAGUACGAGGAAGAGAUCAAGGUUCUUACAGACAAGUUGAAGGAGGCUGAGACUCGUGCUGAGUUCGCUGAGAGAUCAGUCGCCAAGCUUGAGAAGACCAUUGAUGACCUGGAGGACCAUCUAUACAAGCAGCUUGAGAAAAACCGCCUUCUGACCAAUGAACUGAGAGUAGCCUUAAACGAGGCUUAAACUGUAAUGGGCUUUCGUUUGCUUUCAUUCUUCUGAAUCUCAAAAGUCCGGGCAUAUUGUGUAACGCUGUGAUAUAAAAAGGGUGUAGACAACCGUGUCUAUGACACAAAGCUUAAACCAAGUAAUGCUUCAACAAACCGGAAUACAAGAUUUUCACAUUAUGCAUGCCGUUUCAGAUGGGACGUUGGACAACCUGAAGCUAUAAAAAGUUGCAGAACGGAUUUUGUUAUACACUCACUGGCCACUUUAUUAGGCACACCUUGCUUGUACCAGGUUGGGGGUCGUUUUGCCUUCAGAACUGCCUUAAUUCUUAGUGACCGAUUCAACAAGGUGCUGGAAACAUUCCUCAGUUUUUGGUCCAUAGUGACAUGAUGGCAUGAUCAUGAUCACACCGUUGCUUCAGAUUUUUUGGCUGAACGUCUAUAGUGUCAGUGUCCUGUUUCACCACAUCCCAAAGGUGCUCUGUUGAAUUGAAAUCUGGUGACUGUGGAGGCCAUUGGAGUACAGUGAAGUCAUUGUCAUGUUCAAAUAAAACCAAUUUGAGAUGAUAUGAGCUUUGUGGCAUUGUGUUAUGCUGCGGGACGUAGCCAUCAGAAGAUGGUACACUGUGGUCAUAAAGGGAUGGACAUGGUCAGCAACAAUACUCGUGUGGUGUUUAAAUGGUGCCCAAAGUGUGCCAAGAAAAUAUCCCCCACACCAUUACACCAGCAGCAGCAGCAGCACCCUACCAUCUGAUUGUAGCACCAGAAGUCAAGACUAAUCAGACCAGGCCUUCUUUUUCCGUUUUUUUUUUCAAUAUUGGUGAGCCUGUGCAAAUUGUAGCCUCAGUUUCCUGAUAGCUGACAGUGUGACUGUGGUAGUCCAUCUGCUUCAAGGUUGGACAUGUUGUGCGUUCAGAAAUGGUCUUCUGCAUACCUUGGUUGUAACAAGUGGUUAUGAGUUACUGUUGCCUUUCUAUCAUCAUUCUCCUCUGACCUCUAGCAUCAACAAGGCAUUUUGGCUCACUGGAUAUUUUUUUGUCUCAUUCUCUGUAAACUCUAGAUAGUUGUAGAUCAGCAGUAGUGAAAUACUCAGACCAGCCUGUCUGGCACCAAAAACCAUGCCACGUUCAAAGUCACUUUGAUUACCUUUCUUCUCGAUUCUGAUGCUCGCUUAGAACUUCCGCAUGUCUACAUGCCUAAAUGCAUUGAGUUGCUGCCAUGUGAUUGGUUGAUUAGAUAUUUGUGUCAACAAGCAGUUGAACAGGUGUACCUAUGAGUGAGCCAGUGAGUGUAUGAUUUUUCAGUUAUCGACAGGGCUGUAACACUUCAGUGUAGUUGAAAUCUGCACGGUGCUGUUGCUCCGAGGGUGCUGAUGCUUGUGCCUGAAGGACAGCUCACAACAAAAUC